AUGCACGAUGAGAGCAUAUACGAGCGCUUUCUUCUGAGCGAACAUCAAAUUAUUGCAACUACUAACGAUCCAGAAGGCCAAAGUGCAGAAGAAUCGACAAAACGCGUUGAUGUUAAUUCAGACAUCAACGAUGUGGAACGGAAUAGAAUUGUUAGACUCAUUAUCCGCAAGGUGCUGAACCAAGCUCCGUUUCCUACAAAGUACGAAGACAUUCGUCUACUAAUAAAACAAAAUGUAUCGCAAACUUAUAACCAUAAUCUCUUCAAUCUAUACGUGGAAGACGCUAAAAAGAUGCUCAUGAGAGUGUUUGGGUUAAUACUCUGUGAUGUUAAGUAUGGCCAAGGAAAGCGUGAAUUCUUUCUGAAGCAAUCUAUCGCAUUCCCCCCUCACGAUCUCAAGAUUCUCUCGGAAGGUGACCAUGAAUUGAGAGGUUUUCUGUUGAUUUUACUUCCACUUUUUAAGGCUUAUUCCAACUCGAUUCAGCUGAACCGUCUAUGUGAAUCGUUUCAAAAAUUUGGGCUUGGGCAUAUGGUACCAAAAUCUGCUGAGGAUGAAGAAGCAUUUAUACUGAGGCUCAAGAGUAUUAAGAGAAGAAAGGAAAUCAAGUACUCCUCGAAAGAGUUUUCCACCUUGUCUGACUACAUUUUGUACGCAAAAGAUCUCGGAUACUUGACACUCAAAUUAGAGGACAAGGGAGACACACUUGCCACGAUUUUCAUUCUUCCCGGAUACAGACUACUUUUAGAGCAUAACAAGGACGAAUACAUACAACAUUUUAAGAAACUAGAUGAGGAAACCUUCAGUAAAGGACUAGAGAUAUUCUUUGAAUAG